AUGGACUUUGCAAAAGCCUUCGAUAGAGCGGGGUGCGACAGCUCGCGGCGCGUGACCGUGGCGGGCCAGGGCUGGGCGCUGCAGCACCGCCUGGAGCGGGCCGAGCUGGCCGCGGACUUCGACCCCAACGGUUACUUCUGUGUGUAUCAAGACCAAGACUCUUUCGAAUAUAUCAGGAAUUGUGCGGAGAAAACGUUGCUUACUAGUCUGGAACAAGAGGAUAAAUUGCCUUUUCAGGGCUUGCCGCUAGUGGUAAUAUUCGUGCAAGACGACGCAAUGGACAAGAAAGAAGUGGCUCGGCUUCAGGAGGAAGGCCAGAAUCUAGCUGAUAACCUUCACUGCUCGUACAUGGAGACGAGUGUACGCGAGCUGGGUUCGGAGUCGCUGACGUCAUCGGCCGCGCACGAACUGAUCCGGGCCAACCGGGACAAGGCGAGCUACGCGCACUUGUACCGAGAGCUGGUCGUGUGCUACGACGCCGACAUACGUAUAAUGGUGUGCAUGUUCUGCGACGACCCGUACUCGGCGGAGCGCGUGCUCAGCCCACUCCUGCUGCAGCGAGCCUGUUUCCUCACUGGCGACCGCUCGCUGGUCAUCGAAACCUUCCUCGGAGACUCCAAGCGGAAAGUCGAGGUCAUAAUAUCAAGUUUCCAUGGUGCCAGCCAGUUCAGGGAGGAGUUAAUCCACGGUUUUAUACUGAUCUACUCUGCGAAGAGGAAAGCCAGCUUAGCCACGUUGAACGCGUUCUCGAUGAACAUCCCGAACCUGCCGAUCCAGAUGGUGGCGGUGACGGACGGCAGCAACACGUUCUUCAGCACCGACCUGGGCCACGCGCUCAUCACCGACGGUAACGCCACCGCCGACCGCCUGGCCGCGCACUUCACCACCUACGCGGCUCACACCGCCACGGGCGACAGCAAGAGCGCGUUCUACACGCCGUUCUUCAAGGAGGUGUGGGAGCGCAAGGGCGAGAUCGAGCGCGCCUUCCGCAUGGAGCGUGCGGGCGGCGGAGGGGGCGGGGGCGGG